AUGAAUACCGCUCGUGUCGCCCGUGUUGGCCUGCGUGCCACCCAGCAGUUCUCCGUCCCUCGCUCUGCUGCUCUCAACGGUUUGAGGACCUAUGCUACCCCGGCUCAGAACGUCAAGCCCCCCGUGGCUCUCUUCGGUGUUGAUGGAACCUAUGCCACUGCUCUGGUACGACUUGCAUUUGUCCCUGGACUCUCCUUCGAUGCUGUGCGGAUUGGUUCACAGUCUGCGUUUUUUUGCUCCGUUGACCCGACCCCCCGCCUGCAAAAUCGCUACACUGCCUCUGCCAAGUCGGCCGCUCUCGACCAGACCUCCAAGGCUCUCGCCAGCCUCGGUCAGACCUUCAAGGCCGACCGCAAGCUGACCACCCUCAUCGCUGCCCCCACCCUCACAGCCAGCGACAAGCAGCAGAUCAUCCAGGAGCUCCAGAAGAUCGCUGGUAGCGACAAGGGCGACAUCCUCAAGAACUUCCUGCAGACUCUGGCCGAGAACAACCGUCUCGGGCUCCUUGAGGCCAUCUGCGAGAAGUUCGAGACCCUGAUGGGUGCUCACCGUGGUGAGAUGGAGGUUACCAUCACCAGUGCCCAGCCUCCCUCGCAGGAACUCGACAACAAGACCCUGAACCGUCUUGAGAAGGCCGUUUCCAAGUACGACCUCAGCCAGGGCAAGAAGCUCAAGGUCGUUACUAAGGUCAACCCCGACAUCGUCGGCGGUCUCGUCCUGGAGAUCGGCGACCGCACCAUCGACCUCAGCGUCUCGUCCAAGAUCGCCAAGCUCAACAAGGCCCUUACCGAUGCUCUGUAA